GAAAUUCAAGCCUGGGCCAGCGCUAACAAACUGACUAUAAACGAGGACAAAACUAAGGUUCUCACGAUUACUAGAAAGAGGCUUAACUCAAAACAGAAUUGUAAGCUUUCUGUUAGGACUGACAGCGAUAAUACCCUAUGUAAUGCAGAAAGUGCAGCCUUGUUAGGUUUAGAAACUGAUAGCAAGUUAUCGUUCAAUGCACAUGUUGAUAAAAUAUGCAAAAAAUCUCGCUUCACGAAAUGCGUUGCUGCGAAAAAUAAGCGCCUUCCUACCGCUUAGUCAGCGUGUUAAAUACUAUAAUGCGGUGAUCCGUCCCGUUAUAAGCUAUGUUAGCGUCAUCUGGUCUUCAUGCGACAAAGAGCAGCUCUAUCGCNGAGACUGCUUUUAUCAAGAUAAUUGAUGGACUAUUCUUUAACCUAGACAAAGACAGGGUGUCAGGCAUGGUUCUAGUGGAUUAUCGAAAGGCGUUCGACAUGGUUGAUCACGAACUUUUGUUGAGAAAAUUAAAGGCGUAUGGCGUUGCUAUGCAGCAGAAAACAAGUGGUUGAUCAUGUACGAGGAAAGGAGUCGGGUGAGGUGAUGUUAAGGCAUGGGGUCCCGCAAGGCAGUACUAUUGGACCGCUGUUCUUUAUCCUGUUCCGCAUUAACGAUUUGCCCCUACAUAUUAGUGCAGAUGUAGAUCUUUACGCAGAUGAUACGACUGUGACGGCUGCGGUAGAUGUGAAAAACUUGGCCCAUCUAGACCUGUCACUCAAUAAAUCUGUCAAAGAAAUUCAAGCCUGGGCCAGCGCUAACAAACUGACUAUAAACGAGGACAAAACUAAGGUUCUCACGAUUACUAGAAAGAGGCUUAACUCAAAACAGAAUUGUAAGCUUUCUGUUAGGACUGACAGCGAUAAUACCCUAUGUAAUGCAGAAAGUGCAGCCUUGUUAGGUUUAGAAACUGAUAGCAAGUUAUCGUUCAAUGCACAUGUUGAUAAAAUAUGCAAAAAAUCUCGCUUCACGAAAUGCGUUGCUGCGAAAAAUAAGCGCCUUCCUACCGCUUAGUCAGCGUGUUAAAUACUAUAAUGCG